AUGGCUCGCUAUUUCAAAGAUCGGUUCAAAAAGGACUCUACAAAUCCAUUGACUGUAAAUAGAUCAUUGAGUGAGGAAUUUAAGAAAGUACCUUAUUUGACUAUACUUCUUAGUAUUGUACAGAUUUUGAUGUUUGUGGUGAGUAUUGCCAUUGGAGGUCUUGAAUCUGUGAUUGUGAAUCCAUUCAUUGGACCUCCAGAAGAUACAAUGAUUCUAUGGGAGCAAAAAAAGGCCAGCUCAUCAUUUCUCCAAACUGGCAAGUGUAUCGACUUAAAAGCAUUGGGGAUACUCUAUGUGGGAUUCAUCUAUUUCAUGAGCGCAUUAGGAGGAAAUUUGUUGAGCGCUCUCUUUCUUCCUCAUAUAACAACCAUUGGAGCUUCUAGUGCAUUGUUUGGAAUCUUGGGAGCAAUCUAUGCGGAUUUGUGGAUGAACUGGAGAUUCAUGCCACAGCCAAAGAAAGAUUUUGUUUUGCUCACUUUUCAGGUUGUGGCUCAAAUCAUUGUGGGCUUGAUUCCUUGGAUUGACAAUUUUGCACACUGUGGAGGACUUCUUGUAGGCUUUUUAACAACUCUGCUCACCAUUCCAAGAAUGAGAGACCUAAAUCCCUACGAAGAGAGCAUUAAUGGAGGAAGUGUCAAUACACAAGUGAAGCGAAAGAAGCUGUCGGGUGCAAGUAAUCAUUUGUCCAAUGAUCCAAAUAGUCAAUUGGAAACCAUAGAUCUUGAAAGUGGAAGCUCACAAACAAAAUCCCAUACUCAAAGUGCCAUUCUAAGAUUCAUGAAAAAGUUUGCCUGUGGAUGUUCGGCAUGCUUUUGUUGCUGCUUCUAUUGUUUCACCAAGAAAGGAAGAGCAAAAGGAAAAUUUCGUCUCUGGUUGAGAGUGAUUGCUGGUUGUUUGCUCUUUUUGUAUUUUGCAGUUUUUGGAGGCCUCUACUUUUCUCAACUCGAUUUCAAUUUACUCAAGUUCAAUACUUUUACGCUCGCUGAUGAUGAGUCACAUACGAAUGCCCUAUUUUGCGAGCUCGAAACUGCAACUCCUUCUGGUUUCUUGAAGGUAUCACAUUUCCACAAAAGAAACUUCUUAACACGAGAAAUUAAGAAACAACGAGUCUUCUCCGAUGAGGAUUUAGCCAAUAGUUUGUUGCAUGAAAGAAAGAUUUUGUUUAGUGGAGAGAAGUUUGUGGAUACUGAGCAAGAACCUUCAUUGAUGAAGAAAGUUUUGAUGGCUAUGAAACAAUCUCAACAAUCAUCAUCAUCACUAGUUCAAGCAGAAGAAGAGCUUGCUGAUGUUGUGGAACGAUUUGAAAAUGUUGCUGCACCUCUGAUUGACAAAGAUCGACCUGUAGAGAUUUAUGUUCAAGUCAAGUCACCUGUUCCAAGUGGUUUUGCAAAAUUCUUACAAUCUUAUUUUGAAAGCAAAUCAGAAGUUCAUUAUCAUCCUCAUAAUAGUUUUGUCGUAGUGGCUCCAUCCAUGAGAAAAAUUAUUGAAAAAUUAAGACAUAUCGACAUGAAUAGAAUUAAGAAGGAAUUCAAGUCAGAGGAUGAUAAGAAGGCUGAAAAUAUUGUUUGGGUCGGUAUUGUGGAUCCAAGUUAUAAAAUUAGUACUGAUCUCCACAGAAACAAGAAAAAUCCACUUGCCUCAUUGGAUCUUGACAUUCAACUCUUUUACAAGACUGAACUUCCACGAUUGAUCAAGGAUGGGAAGACAAGAUUGCAAAGCUCAUUGAACAAUGAUUUGCUGAAAGCUCUUGCUUCAUCUCCAGCAGUACGUCACAUUCAAAAAGAAGAAAAAUUCGGUCUUGAAAACGACUAUUUUGACGACGAGGAAGAUUUCGAAGAUGAAAACGACGAAGAACAAGAAUCCGAUCUCAUUUCAUUUUCAUCAUUCUUUAACAAAUAUUUGACAGGUCAUUCAGUUGAAAACAAACAACUCGAACAAGAGCAAUCAGAUGCUGAUCAAGCAGAAGUUGCUGCUGCCAAAAAGCUGCUCAACGACGACUACACUCUGGACGAUCAUGAAACAUUCCAUUUAAUCUCGGCUCUUAAUCCCCUCAGCGAUACCUAUAAAUCCGUCUUGCUCAAGUAUGGCACACCAGAUAAGACCACUUCCAAGUCCUACCUUGGAGAUAAUUUUGCACGUAUCGCUAACACAACCUUAAACUUUGUUGGAUCGGAUAAGAUUGGACAAUCAGCAUUACCUGACGUUGCAUGGAUGUGGUCUAAGGGUUUCACAGGAAAAGGUCAAGUCAUUGGAAUUGGUGAUACUGGUAUUGACACUCACAAUUGUUGCUUCUAUCGACGAGGUCAAAAAGUUCCUUACAAUAAGAUUGACUUGGAGGCUCACGAUAAGUUCACAUCCUACAAGGUCUAUGCAGAUGAUAAGGACAUUGUAAGAGGUCACGGCUCGUUUGUUUCAUCCAUCCUGGCUUGCAAUGUGAAACCAGAUCAAUUUGCCAAUGGUGAUGAAAUGAAAGAUUUGUAUGAUGGUAUUGUCAAGGAUGCCAAACUUUGCUUCUUUGAUUUAGGCCUUCCUACCCAUCGUUUGAAUGUUCCUCGUGAUUUAUCUGGAAUUUAUUUCCCUCACAUGCACAACAAGUGUGACGCUAAAAUCUCCACGAACAGUUGGGGAAGCCCCAAAGGCGCACGAUACACCAUUGCCACGCAAGAAGUGGACGAAUGGGCCUACAAGAACCCAAACACAGUUCAACUCUUUGCUGCUGGUAACAGUGGAAGAAGUGGAACAAGAACCAUUACCAGUCCUGGAACUUGUAAAAACUGCAUCACUGUUGGCUCCUCUCAAUGGACUCGAAAGAGUUUCCAAUUAGGUUAUCCUCUCUAUGGUGACAUUAUUCGACAUGAAAUGAUGGAAGCUCAAAUGUGUCACAAGAAUGGCGCAGGAAAGUUACUUUUUGCCACUCCCUCAUUUUGUAAGAGCAUUGGUGCUAAACAAGCUCCAUGUUUCGACCAGAGAAAAUCAUUCUGUACCAAAAUGGAUACUUAUGGAGAGAAAGUUGCUUGUUCCAGUAAUUUCUUUAAGAAUGUGUGUUGUGCUAAAAAGUACUUGAUGGACAUGAUUGAACAUCCAGAACAUUUCUCACCCAAUAAUAUGGGAACAUUCUCAUCCAGAGGCCCCACCAGAGGUGACAAUAGAAUCAAACCAGAUAUUGUUGCUCCAGGCCAAUUAAUUUUUGGAUCUCGCUCUUUGGGAACCUCCUCUUUGGCUGAUUCUGAAGAAUUGGCAGAUGCAAGCAUUGACAAGGGUUACUGCCCAGUCCCUAUUGCCAAUCAGGGAACAUCAUUCUCAACUCCAAUUGUAGCUGGUUAUGCAUCCAUGAUUCAUCAAUACUUUUCAAAGGGUUUCUAUCCUGAAGGUAAAGAAAAUUCUAAACAUUCAUUGAAUCCAAUGGGAGCCACUCUGAAGGCAAUGUUAGUGAACAGUGGUCAAGAAUUGAAUGGACUCGUGGAAACCAAUGGACAUGGAAUUUGGAAACAAUUACAUGCUACUCCAUCCUAUACACAAGGAUUUGGAUUGGUUCGUUUGAGACACGUAUUGCCAUUUGCUGGAGAGAGUGACUUUACAUUAUUUGUGAGUCAAGAUGAUUCAGUGGCUACGAGCGAGUACAAGCAAUAUUGUUUCAGAACUGUGAAAAUUGAGAGCAAGAAGGAUCACGCCUUUAAGGAAUUGAAUCAAACAUUGAAGGCUACUUUGGUAUGGACCGACUAUCCAGGAAGCCCUAAUGCUAAAAUACAAUUGGUGAACAAUCUUGAUUUGGUUGUACAAGAUGAGGCAACCAAGACUGAAUAUUUUGGUAAUGGAGGUAGAGAUUAUGUCAACAACGUUGAGCAAGUGAAUAUUAAGGGUUUUAACACUGACGGACGUCAAUAUCGUGUGGUUGUUCAAGGAACCAAUGUUCCACAUGGACCUCAACAAUUCUCUCUCAUAGUCAAUGGACCAUUGGAGAAAAUUGAAUGUACAGGAGAGCCAAACUUGAAGAAUGCAAGAAUUGUCAAGAAAGCACCUGCUGCCUCAAACUCCAAUGACAACGAACCAGAACUGUUGUCAGGAUUUUUGAAACUGUUCUCCGGUCAACAAGACUCAAUUUUGCAGAUAAUGAGCUGGAACAAUAAACUGCUGUAA